UUUUAACAAGCCUCCAAGCUAGCUACCUAACGUUAACAUACCGUCGUAGCAGCAGUAGCAGCUUGUUUUGCUGGCGAUAUGGAUUCAAAAGGUCUCAAUCUCCCUCUAUCCUCCUUGUGUCUCCUGGUUCCACCAAUACGCUUGAUGUCAGCAUCCAUGUGGCAAGUGGCUGAGCAACGUAAUGUGAUGCAGUAUGGGAAGCUGGAGGAGUUUGUGACUUUGGUGACCGAGAUGGUUCCAGAGCUGCUAAGCUCCAGGCAGAGGACCCAACUCAUUCUAGGACUGAGAGCAAGGCUGGUUCUUGAGUUGUGCUGUGGUAAAGAGGACAUGGUGGACCAUCAAACCAUCCAACGCCACUUGGAUAGAAUCCAGUCAUGCACAGUAAAGCACAAAGCGAGCAAAAACAAGAGAGUGGAGGCAUCAAAGUCUAACUUUGUGGAGCUGGUCCAAACCCUGCUGGAAGACCCAACGAAGAGGGAACACUUUUUUCAGGAGGUGUUCCCAGUGCAGUACGGUACUAAGUAUGACACAGCACUGCAGAUUCUGGUGUGGGAGUUCUUCUCCAGAUUGGAGGAGCUGCUGCCGGUGCCCAGCUUUACACAGACAGCAUCUUGUCUCAGCCUUGCCUUCUCUGACCUGGAGGAGUGUGUUCAGUCUGUCUCUGACCCUGAGCACCUGAAGACACUGCUACAGCAUCAAAGACACCUGGGACACCUAAACAGAGAUCAUUUGUUCUACGACUCUGACACCAUCCUGUCCGCUCUGUCCCUCACUUCCUUGGUAAACUCUAAACAAACUUCAGUGGAGGCUCGAGGUCGUGACUGUAGGAAGAAAGAACAGGAGGGUGGAGAAGAGUGGCGACCAGAAAUCAGUUACAAUGGAACCUAUAAGGGAACUGAUGAGGGCGUUGAACGACUUGAAGAGGCUGGUGAAUCCAGUUCUGGACAGCAGAAACCAGGAUCAUCACUACACGCUCAUCCAGUGCCCGUAGAUGAACCGGAUAGUGACAUGCCCUCCCAGGUCUUCUCCUGCCCCCAGUGCCCAUUCUCCCACAGGAGAGAGGUGAACCUUCAGCAGCACAUCAGGAAGGAACAUCUAACAGAGGAGGACAGCAGGAGCCUGGACUCUGGAGGAGCUGAGAACUCACUGCCAUCCAAUCAAACAAUACAGAGACCCUCAAUCAAGACAACCAAGAAGUACAUCUGCUUUAAAUGUGGAAAGGGUUUCAGAAGCCCAUCGGACCUGAAACGACAUAAGGGUGUUCACACAGACAUGCAGCCGUUCCAUUGCAACCAGUGUGAUAAAAGAUUCAAAGCGAAGGGUAGUCUAAAACAGCACCAACGAGUUCACUCAGGAGAAAGGCCUUAUGAUUGCUCACAUUGUGGCAGGGGGUUUAGGACAUCCGAUAUCUUAAAAUCUCAUUUACGCAUUCAUACUGGGGAGCGACCUUAUGGGUGUACAAUAUGUGGGAAGAGAUUUAUUCAACGGCAAGUACUAACAAGACACAUCAGGAUGCACAGUGGAGAGAAACCAUACUUGUGUAGCAUUUGUGGAAAGACCUUCGCUUGCUCAGGGGAACUGAUGGUACACUCAAGGAUCCACACAGGGGAACGACCGUAUCAUUGUGAACAAUGUGGGAAUACUUUUAGUCUAGCAAGUAAACUGAAAGUGCAUCAGCGAAGUCAUACAGGCGAACGUCCAUACCCCUGUACACAGUGCCCCAAAGGCUUCUCCACCUCCAACAGACUAGUGAAACACAUGCGAAUUCAUACUGGAGAGAAACCUUACCCAUGUGUAAAGUGUGGCAAAAGAUUCUCUGAAAGGGGAAACAUGAGAAUACAUCAACGAAUGCAUGAAAAAGAGAGAAAAGGUCGACAAAUGUAUUGAUAAACCAACACUAAGCUGUUGAAAUGUUAUUUGGAGAUUCUGCUCUAUAUAGUUCUCUGCUACAUUUUCAGGUGAUUAUGACAUGUUUGUAGAUCUUCUAAUUUGUCAUAAUACCAGGCAGUGUAACUUUACUUCAGAGAUGAUUGGCAAAAUAUGUGUUCUAAAUAUUCUAACCAUUAUCUAAAUAUUGUAACCAUUCUGUAAAAUGUUAAAGUUAUGUCUGGUUAUAUGCGAACAGAUUUGAUUUUACCCUGAAAUAAUUCCCUGAGUUCAAUGCUUCCCAGUUGGAAAACUAACAAUGGGCAAAAACACUAUUGUAAACCACAUUUCUAAUAUAGCAGGACAUCUUAAACAAUACCCUCAAAUAAAAAGUGUUUACACACUU